CCGAUUGUCGUCAUCACACACACGUUUCUCUACGUCCAGUGUCGUAGACGUUUGACGGUAUGUGGAAAGUAGCAAUGUCGGAGGAGGUUGGGAAGGCGCUACAGUCGGUAGUGGAGCGGGUGAACCAGGCGGCGGCACGGCGGCCCAAGACACUACCAGCUGUGCCGCCCCGCCUCGUAGCUGUCAGCAAGACUAAACCUCCAGAGAUGGUCUUGGAGGCCUACAGGCAAGGGCAACGUAACUUUGGAGAAAAUUAUGUCAAUGAACUGGUGGACAAAGCCUCAGAUCCGCUGAUUUUAGAAGCAUGUCCAGAAAUCAAAUGGCACUUCAUCGGCCAUUUACAGAAGAAUAAUGUCAACAAACUUUUGGGUGUGCCAAAUCUGUUCCUCGUGGAGACAGUGGAUUCUGUGAAACUGGCUGACAAGGUCAACAGCUCAUGGCAGCGUCUCAGAGGAGCCAGCACACAAAGGUUAAAGGUCAUGGUGCAGAUCAACACCAGCGGAGAGCAGAGUAAACACGGCCUUCCACCAGAGGAAACGGUGAACACGGUGAAACACAUUGUGUCCCAGUGCACUGCUCUGCACUUUUCAGGACUCAUGACCAUUGGGCACUAUGGCUACGACCUCAGCCUGGGCCCUAAUCCUGACUUUCAGAUGCUCCUGAGUCGGAGGCAGGAGGUGUGUGACAGUCUGAAGCUGCCUCUGGAUGAGGUGGAGCUCAGUAUGGGUAUGUCCACAGAUUUUGAACAUGCGAUUGAGGUGGGUGCCACCAAUGUGCGAGUGGGUAGCAUUAUAUUCGGUAACAGGGAAUACCCCAACAGCGCAGCGAACACCCCAACCCCGAGUCCAGAGAAAACAUCCAAGGUGGUGUCAGAAGAGGCCGCCAAGAAGAUGCAGCAUCUCACUGUAUCUGAACACUAAGAACACUCCUCUGAAAUACCUUUAAGAAAAUGGGAAAAAAAAUAACAAACUGAGAGCAGCGAAGUGGAUUAUUUUUUUCCACAUAGUCUUGUGGAGUUAGGAUCGCAAAAUUCUUGCCUAAUUUGAAAGUGUAUUUGCCUAAUCCUCCUCACUUUCUCGUGUGCCCUUCUUGCUCUUUUAAGCAUCGGUACAGAACUAGUUAACACCUUUUUUUAAGAGUAGUCUUUAACAGGUGUUAUUAACCUUUAGUGCUCCGACUUCCUCCUCGUGGAAAUCUCUCCCCCAGGGUUACUGGAUACCACACUAACAAUGUGACUCGUUGAUCAUGUGCUAAAAAAUGGUAACUUGAAUUAAUUGAAAUUAACACCGUGUCAUAUAGUGACAGUUUGGAUUUGUGGUGAUGUGAGAUUUUCUACUUUACACACUUCCAAUCCAACAUGUGACAGUGCUGAAAUGUGCUUGCCCGUGUACAGUGUCUCCGAGAUCAGGAAUUCCUUGCAGCACAACAUACCAUUUUUUUUGUUGUACAGACAAAAAUAACGACUUGACUUAAUAAAUCACUGAUCCCUUUAUAAUGACACAUAGUAUUGUGAGUUUGAUAUUGUUUUUCGUAUGGUGUGUGGUCAGAUCUUUAUUCUUGAUAUUAACAAAUACGAAUCCAAGGAACGCCAGUGUUCUGUUUUCAGUGUAACAUGUCUUGUGCAAAAAGUGCUAUGGUGUGGCUCUGUGGGUGCAUCGUUGAAGAUCGGAGAGUUCAACCUAUGCAAAGUGGUGACUUUGUUUCAGACUGUUGAGUAGAUUCUUACAUUGCAGCUACGACAGUGUCACAGUGGUUUCUUCAGAGUCUUUAAGAUGUCACAAGGUAGUGUUUUUUCUGUCUCCAUGAACAGUGAUUUUUCAUUGUCAAGUGAUAAAAGAUUGAUCAACUUGUGGUUCGACAUGUGGUUUGUCUUUACAAGGCGUUUCAGCAUUGUUUGGUUCAGAAUCUGGCUGAGAAGCCAAACCAAGCAAUAAAUUUUACUGUUGAAAAUA